GAGGACAUCAAUCUACUUCCUUAUUGGUUUUUAUGAUCAACGCCCAUCAAGAUGGAAGUAUCUGGAAAAAGGCGUGACCCUGACCUUAACAAGGGCUCCGAUGACACAACUGUCUUCUGUCAGCCGUGUGAAGAGGAGGGCAAACGCUCUGUAGCCCAGGGAUUCUGUCAGACCUGCCAAGAGUACAUGUGUGAUCCCUGUAUCAAGGCCCAUAAGAAAUUCAAGGUGUCCAGAAACCACAUUAUGUUGUCCAAAGAUAAGAUGCCGUCCUUCUACCCGUCCACUAAGCAGUCUGACAUCGGUGUAACUGAAUAUUGUAAAACACAUCCGAAUGAGAUGAUCAAGUUUUACUGUCCGACCCACAGCGACCUUGGUUGUGGUGACUGUGUAGUCAUCGGUCAUCGCACGUGCAAAGUCGACUACAUUGCUGAUGUGUCUAAGGAUUUCACCAAUGAAAGGGAAUUCAGGGAGCUGGAACCAUCUAUUAAACGAGCGGAAGAUCUUCUAUCUGGGUACAUAAGUAAAGUAAAGAAGCUUUUUGACGAGGUCGAACACCAGUCUAAGGAUGAGAUCGACAGACUGAGAAAGUUCCGUGCAGAAAUCAAUACCUACCUGGACCGACGCGAGAAGGAGUUGCUCGGCAAUAUCCAGGAAAUGAAGACCAAUGAAGAAAGCGCGCUGACUGAACUGAAGACUGAUUGUGAGUUGGCAAAAUGCGGACUUGUGGCCACUAGGACAGAACUGACUUCCGGUACCGACUCGGUGAACCAGCGGUACGUGACGGCAAGGAGAGCUCAGAAGGAACUACGGGAGAUUCAUAACAAGAUGGAAAAGAUGGCUGGUAGGAUGAAGGCCCGGAAGUAUCGAUUUGUUGAAGACGCGGACACGAUACGGCUGCUGGGAUCGAAAAUGGGCCUUGGAACACUGAACAUGGCAGGAGAGCUUGUUCCAGUUCCUGACCUCGCUACUGUGACGUGGAAGGAGGCGGAUAUCCUGGUCAGAACAUCUGAGGACCUGGGCACCUGCGGGAUCACGGGCUCAGCCCUGAUCUCGCCUGGUCUCUUCCUCCUGGCUGACUUCGGUAACAACUGUGUCAAACUGGUAGACAUCAGCACCUGCACCGUCACGUCCCGCCUCCAGCUACCAGGCCAGCCAUGGGGCGUGUGUGUGUUUCAUGAUGAUCAGGCCGCCGUCACUAUCCAGCCUGUUAUUAUUCAGCUGCUGUCUAUAAAGGGAGGACAGUUAUCGUUUGGAAAGAAUAUUAAAGUAUCAUCUGUGUGUUUUGGUAUUGCGUUUAACAACAAUAGAUUAUACGUUUCGUAUACACAAACCCCGCGUGUUGAAGUGAUGACAUUGGAUGGGCAUAUCAUAAGUACAUUCCAAACAGAUGAUAGAAGACAACUUUUCAAAGCACCAUGUUACCUGACUGUGUCAGCUUCAACACCACCGACUCUGUACGUGUCUGACUACCGUGCCCACACCGUCCUCCAGCUGACCCUUGACGGAAAGGUCCUGCGGGAGUACCAAGAUAUUCGGCUCACCAAUCCCGGGGCCGUGUUGAAGGUAGGGCCCGGCCAGCUGCUCGUGUGUGGAUAUGCCAACCACAACGUGAUGCUGCUAACGGAGAGGGACGGCAAGAUGGCGGAAAUACUGGGAAAGAAGAACGGACUGACCAAGCCCUGCUCCGUGUCCUUCUGUCCUCACACACGUGCCAUAGUUGUCGGAAUGGGCAGUAAUGACUCACUGAAGGUCUUUAAUGCAAAGUGA